AUGGCCGGCAUAUUCGAGCAACAGCGUAACGCAGGAACUCUGUUCCUCGGCGGCACGAAAAUCAGCGGCCAAGACAUCCGCGACCAAAACGUCCUGGCCACAACCGCAAUUGCCAAUGUCGUGAAGUCCUCGUUCGGCCCCAGCGGGCUGGACAAGAUGCUCGUGGACGACAUCGGCGACGUAACAGUCACCAACGACGGCGCCACCAUCCUCUCCCUCCUCGACAUCGAGCACCCAGCCGGCAAGAUCCUCGUAGACCUCGCGCAACAGCAAGACAAGGAAGUCGGCGAUGGCACUACAUCGGUUGUCAUCAUAGCGGCGGAGCUAUUACGGCGGGCGAACGAGCUGAUGAAGAACCGGAUACAUCCCACGACCAUCAUCACAGGCUACCGGUUAGCGUUGAGGGAAGCUGUGAGGUACAUGUCCGAGAACAUCAGCAUGCCUGUCGCGGAGCUGGGUCGCGAGAGCCUCAUCAACAUCGCCAAGACGUCCAUGUCCUCGAAGAUCAUCGGCUCGGACUCGGAUUUCUUCGCCAACAUGGUUGUGGAUGCAAUGCAGUCCGUAAAGUCGACAAACAACAGGAACGAGACCAAAUAUCCCGUCAAGGCCGUCAACGUCCUCAAAGCCCACGGCAAGAGCGCGACGGAGUCGAUGCUUGUCAAGGGGUACGCCCUCAACUGCACGGUGGCAUCGCAGGCCAUGAAGACGCGGAUAACGGACGCCAAGAUUGCCUGUCUGGACAUCAACUUGCAGAAAGAGCGCAUGAAGCUCGGCGUGCACAUCACCAUCGACGACCCGCAGCAGCUCGAGAAGAUUCGCGAGCGCGAGGCAGGCAUCGUGUUGGAGCGGAUCGACAUGAUCCUCAAGUCCGGUGCGAACGUCGUCAUGACGACCAAAGGCAUUGACGAGCUGUGUCUGAAGACCUUUGUAGAGCGCGGCGCGAUGGCGGUGCGGAGAUGCAAGAAGGAGGACCUGAGAAGGAUAGCCAAGGCGACGGGUGCCACGCUGGUAUCCUCGCUAUCAGACCUGAACGGUGACGAGAAGUUCGAGGCCUCGAAUCUAGGGCAGGCGGAGGAAGUGGUACAGGAGCGGAUCUCGGACGACGAGUGCAUUCUCGUCAAGGGCACGAAGGCACACUCGUCUGCGUCCAUUAUUUUGCGGGGCGCGAACGACUACUCGCUCGACGAGAUGGAGCGAUCCGUUCACGAUGCCCUCUCCGCAGUCAAGCGGACACUUGAGAGCGGCCGUGUGGUUCCCGGUGGCGGUGCGGUCGAGACGGCCCUGCACAUCUACCUCGAGGAGUGGGCGACCUCCGUGGGAUCCCGCGAACAGCUCGCCAUAGCAGCCUUCGCCCAAUCCCUCCUCAUAAUCCCCAAAACCCUCGCCGUAAACGCCGCCAAAGACUCUUCCGAGCUCGUCGCGCAACUCCGUUCCCGUCACGCCUUGGCGCAACGCACCUCCUCGGACCCCUCCCCCACCCACCCCUCCGACAAGACCAACACGGAAGACGAGCGCGCCAUCGCCAAGAAGAAGAACUACAAGAACUACGGCUUGGAUUUGUUGAGAGGGAAGGUGGUGGAUGAGGUCAAGGCGGGGGUGUUGGAGCCUAGUAUGAGUAAGGUCAAGCAGCUUAAGAGCGCGGUCGAGGCGUGUGUGGCGAUUAUGAGGAUUGAUACGCUUAUCAAGUUGGAUCCGGAACAGAGGGGGGGUGGGGAGGAUGAUGGGCAUGGGCAUUAA